CUGCUCAGUGCGCGCCGGCCAGGCAACUCUGUGCUGGCGUAAUCGGGUUCCUCCGGGCCGCCGUAGGACUGGUUCCGGCGGGCUAGUGAGGAAUGGAGCUGGGGGGCAGCAGCGGCGACCGCUGCGGCUCCUCCUCCGUAGACCCACGGAGCACCUUCGUGUUGAGUAACCUGGCGGAGGUGGUGGAGCGUGUGCUCACCUUCCUGCCCGCCAAGGCGUUGCUGCGGGUGGCCUGCGUGUGCCGCUUAUGGAGGGAGUGUGUGCGCAGAGUGUUGCGGACCCAUCGGAGCGUAACCUGGAUCUCCGCAGGCCUGGCCGAGGCCGGCCACCUGGAGAGGCAUUGCUUGGUUCGCGUAGUAGCAGAGGAGCUUGAGACUCGGUUCAGAUUUUGCCAGUUGUCCCAGUCAGGUUCUUCAUGGCAAAAAGAUCUGUUCCCAAUUAAUGUUCGCAUCUUACCACAUACAGUUCUUUACAUGGCUGAUUCAGAAACUUUCAUUAGUCUGGAAGAGUGUCGUGGCCAUAAGAGAGCAAGGAAAAGAACUAGUAUGGAAACAGCACUUGCCCUUGAGAAGCUAUUCCCCAAACAAUGCCAGGUCCUUGGGAUUGUGACCCCAGGAAUUGUAGUGACUCCAAUGGGAUCAGGUAGCAAUCGACCUCAGGAAAUAGAAAUUGGAGAAUCUGGUUUUGCUUUAUUAUUCCCUCAAAUUGAAGGAAUAAAAAUACAACCCUUUCAUUUUAUUAAGGAUCCAAAGAAUUUAACAUUAGAAAGACAUCAGCUCACUGAAGUAGUAACAAGCGUUUUAGAAGUGUUUAGAAGAUGCAGGUUAGUUCUUUGUGAACUAAUUAGAAAGAUGGGAACAACUAAAGUGACCCUGAGGAGUGUUAGGAAAGGUCUUUUAGAUAACCCUGAACUUCGUGUGGUCCUUGUCUUUGGUUAUAAUUGCUGUAAGGUGGGAGCCAGUAAUUAUCUGCAGCAAGUAGUCAGCACUUUCAGUGAUAUGAAUAUCAUCUUGGCUGGAGGCCAGGUGGACAACCUGUCAUCACUGACUUCUGAAAAGAACCCUCUGGAUAUUGAUGCCGCAGGUGUGGUUGGACUGUCAUUUAGUGGACACCGAAUCCAGAGUGCCACUGUGCUCCUCAACGAGGACGUCAGUGAUGAGAAGACUGCCGAGGCUGCAAUGCAGCGCCUCAAAGCGGCCAACAUUCCAGAGCAGAACACCAUUGGCUUCAUGUUUGCAUGCGUUGGCAGGGGCUUUCAGUAUUACAGAGCCAAGGGGAAUGUUGAGGCUGAUGCGUUCAGAAAGUUUUUUCCUAGUGUUCCCCUAUUCGGCUUCUUUGGAAAUGGAGAAAUUGGGUGUGAUCGGAUAGUCACUGGGAACUUUAUAUUGAGGAAAUGUAAUGAGGUAAAAGAUGAUGAUCUGUUUCAUAGCUAUACAACAAUAAUGGCACUCAUACAUCUGGGGUCAUCUAAAUAAUUAAAGUGGCUUUCAUAAUAUA